AUGGUCGAACUGCGAAAGCGCAAGGCCCAGGCACAGGCCCCUGUGACAGAGAAGAGAAACAAGAAACAUCACAAUUCUGCAGUGAAACAAGAUACACGUGAAAAGAAGCCAAUCUCAACCACUCCUUCCGAAUAUGUUCCCAAGGUUGGCGACACAAUAGUUCUGAAUGAUUUCGGCGGACAAAUUGAAACGAAUGAGGGCAGGCAAACCACGUUGAAGGACCUUGUUGAAAACAGCCAGACUGGUGUUAUACUGUUUACAUAUCCAAAAGCCUCAACUCCUGGCUCCCUGGGUCUCAAAAAGUCGCCCAAGGGUAUAACCAGGGGUGUCUUUGCCAUUAAUAAAAAGGGUAAAGUUCUAUUGUUACAAGCUGGUGGUCCAGAUGGAACUGUAGAGGCUGCUCGGCAACUAGUUGCAACUCUCGCAGUCAAGGACGCCGAAUAA